AAGAUUCUCUACGAACCUUAACUGCGCGCUCUCCUCGUUGCAAUACGUUACAAGUUCUGGUUUGGCUAAAAAUGAUCCCGCUGCAUUGCCUAUAGAAAUGGUCUCACAGGAUCCACCUACUACAAGUGACUUUCCUUUUGAAUGGUGUGAUGUAAUGGAUGCAAUGAGGGGGAUUGGACACAAGGUCAAGAAAACUUAUGCGAUGGGGCUAGCAUUGUGA